UUUUUUUUCCAAGUUCAAACUCAACAAUCGCGAGUUACUUCCUCCUCUACUAGUUAUGUACUGUUGUACUUCCAUUUGUUUUAGUCACCAGUUCCUUGUAUAGCAUAAAUUUAAUUUGUUGUCAACAUGCUAUUUUGAAAAUUUAAGUCUUUGUUCACUCGGAUCUUUUUAUUCCAUUAGGAACAAAUGAUUGGUUGUUCUGACAAUCUAAGUCUUCAUUCACUCUGCUCAUUCAUUCCAUUAGGAACAAAGGUUUGAUGUUUUGCUUCAAGGCAGAACCUGAAUGGUGGGUAAUGCGGAGCUCAAGAUAUGGGGCCUGAAGAUCCUUUUGGCCGCCAAGAUUGUCCAUAUAACUUGAGCCGCAUCAAGCGAACGACGCAUCCUUUUGGGCGUGUUUCUCUGGUGAAUCUACUGCUCUUCGUGCACCUGCAUCUCCCGGUCGUUGCUCUCUGAUGAACUCACAGCAGCAUCUUCUUAAUUGUAACCAUGAGGCUUGGGAUGUUUCUUAGUAAACCAGUGACCACUAUUGAUGAAGAUAUAUGGAUGACCUGCUUAAUUUCUGCAGUUCUUGCUCUAGCUCUAUUGAUGAAGAUGAUGAUCACUACGGAUCUUGCCGUUUUUCUUCUUUUGGUUGUGAUGAUGACGUAGCAGUUUUUCCGGACGGUGUACGGUCUGAGGCUUUGUUUGGGCCGAUAUCCCGACCCGCGGUCCAGCGCUUAAUGGGCUUGGCCUGCCAAUCCCAAUCCUUCCAAGGCCCAGGCCCGCGAAAACCUGACUCCCCAAGGCCACCUCCCUCCUCUCUGCUUGCCGGCCGCCCCCCUCCCAGCUUCCCUCCUCCCCUCUUUCCGGCGGACCCUCCCACCCGCCGCCCCUCCUCCCUCGGCCGCGCCGCGGCGGCCGUCCUGCUCCGCCUCUCUUCCGCCGGUUAGCAUCUGACAGCCAUGGCGAAGCACCAUCCUGAUCUGAUCAUGUGCCGGAAGCAGCCAGGCAUCGCCAUUGGGCGGCUGUGCGAGAAGUGUGACGGCAAGUUUGUCAUCUGUGACUCAUAUGUGCGGCCAUGCACGCUGGUACGCGUCUGCGAUGAGUGCAACUACGGGUCGUUCCAAGGGCGUUGUGUCAUCUGCGGUGGUGUGGGUAUCUCGGAUGCCUACUACUGCAAGGAGUGCAUGCAGCAGGAGAAGCGGGACGGGUGCCCCAAGAUUGUCAACCUCGGUAGCGCCAAGACUGAUCUGUUCUACGAGCGCAAGAAGUAUGGGUUCAAGAAGAGGUGAUGGGAGAAGCUGUUGCUUUCAUGUUCUCUUGGCCUCGUGAUGAGUUGUGUUCGUCGAUACCGGGAGUAGGAUGUAGUGGCAACAGUUUGCUUUUCGCAUUAUGUUAAUGGUGAAGAAUGGUGCCUUGAAAUGUGAAGUGAGAUGUGCCUUUUCUGUUCCAUAAUUUGCAUCUGAUUUUGGCCAACUGAUGUAAAAUUAGUGACUUGCAGUUGGGCAUGCCUGAUCUGCCUGACACGGUGCUAUCUAUCAGCUGGGAACAAACUGAUUAGUGAAUUAGUAGAUGGGCUCAGAAUGUACCAUGUUUAUAUGUCUAGAAACUGUAGCGAGAAGGAAGUUUGGCAGUCAAGAAUGACGCAUUAUUGAAAUAAACACCUGACCAGAUGCACAGGUCUAAUUGUUCA